UAACAAGUAUGGCGGGUGAUGAAGUGAAAAUUGAAACUUCAGAAAAGCAAACCCCACCUUGCAACUAUAACCUCCCAAAGCUGAGAGAAAGAGUGAAGCAGUAUAUAGACAAACAUCAUUAUGACUCAGCAUUAUUUUGGGCUGACAAGAUUGUUUCCCUAUCAAAUGGCAAUGUUGAUGAUAUAUACUGGUAUGCACAAACAUUAUAUCUCACUGGACAGUAUCACAGAGCUUCAAGAUUACUCAGGAACAAAAAAUUAGAUAAGACAAAUACCUCAUGUCGCCAUUUAGCAGCCUUAUGUCAUUAUGAGUGCAAAGAAUGGCAGGAAGCAUUAAACAUACUUGAUUUGGUAGAAAACAACAAUAUGAGACAACUUACACAGAGUUUUAAUGAGUCACAUUUUGACUUGGUUAUGAAAGAGACAGAACAUUCAAUAAACCUGUUACGAGGGAAGAUUUACGAAGCUAUGGACAAUAGAAAUUUAGCUGUAGAAUGUUACAGAGAGGCUCUACGUCAGGAUGUAUAUUGUUUUGAGGCAUUUGAUUUGCUGGUCAAUCAUCAUAUGCUUACAGCUCAAGAAGAACGAGAAUUAAUGGAUUCCCUUCCAUUAUCAUCACAGUGUCCAGAGGAUGAAAUAGAACUUGUCAGAUUUUUAUAUGAAAAUAGAUUAAAAAAGUAUAACAAGCCAAAAGAUUUUAAAUUACCAGAUUCAUUAAAUAUUUUGAAAGACAAUAUGGAUGUGAUAGUGAAUUUAUCAGAGAGACAUUAUUAUAACUGUGAUUUUAGAGAAUGUUUUAAAAUAACUUCAAUGGUAUUACAAAAAGACCCAUAUAAUAGUCAAUGCUUACCAUUACAUAUUGCUGUUUUAGUAGAACUGAAGAAAACAAAAGAAUUAUUUUAUUUAGCACACAAACUAGUAGACCUAUAUCCUAAUAAACCAGUAUCCUGGUUUGCAGUGGGGUGUUAUUAUUUAUUAAUAGAGAAAAGUGAACCUGCAAGAAGAUAUCUGUGUAAAGCUACCACAUUAGACAGAGUGUAUGGACCAGCAUGGUUAGCAUUUGGACAUUCUUUUGCCUCAGAUAAUGAACAUGAUCAAGCUAUGGCUGCAUACUUCACAGCUUCACAGUUAAUGAAGGGUUGUCAUUUACCUAUCUUGUACAUAGGACUAGAAUAUGGACUUACAAACAAUGCCAAACUAGCAGAAAGAUUCUUCAGUCAGGCUCUUAGUAUAGCUCCAGAAGAUCCAUUUGUUUUACAUGAGAUGGGUGUUAUAGCAUUUCAAAAUCAGGAUUACCUUGCAGCAGAGAGAUACUUUAAAGAAGCAUUACAGAAAGUGCAGUGUGUUGGUGAACAAGUGUUGGUAGAGAAAUGGGAACCUUUACUUAAUAACUUAGGUCAUACUUGUAGAAAACUGAAGAAGUAUGAAGAAUCCUUAGAAUAUCAUAGAAGAGCACAGAUCAUAUCACCUCAAUGUCCAUCUACAUUUUCUGCUAUUGGUUACUGUUAUGUACUCAUGGGUAACAAUAUGAUGGCUGUAGACUAUUUUCAUAAGGCCUUAGGAAUUAGAAGAGAUGAUACAUUCUCCACAACCAUGUUAACUAACGUAAUGGAAGCUUUGAUGAGUGAAAUGGCACCUAACGAUGAUGAUGAUAUACCAGAGUUUACAAUCCCAGGAAAGCUAGAGAUAUCACAUAUAGGCAGUGAAAAAGAGAUUUUAGAGGAAUCAGAGCUUGCUGACAGUAGUAGUAUGGCUAUAGAAGAAGUAGAUAUGGAUAAUAGUGACUAGACAUAUUUUAUAUCAUUGUUUUUAAUAAUUAUGGAAUAAAAUAAUUUUAAAACAGUAA